CUUUUUUGUAACUUCUCCUUCUCUCUCUCUCUCUCUCUCUCUCAAACACCCAAUUCUCUUAGCUCUUCUCAUCCUCUCCAUUGGAUAACAACCACAUACACUUAUAACUAUUAUACCUAAUUCUCUACUCUAUCAAACUGUUUGAUUUCUCUUCCUUCAUCCUUUAUAGAAAAUGUGUUUUCUUCAUUGGCCCCUUUGUUAGUUCUCUCUCUUUCAUAUUUUGUCUCUUUUUCCCAUUUAUUUUUUCUAAAAAAGAUUUUUUCUUAUUUUUUCUAAAAAAGAUUUUUUCUUUUUUGUAAAAGCAUAUAUAUAGCUCCAUGUCACACUACAUAUGUUUGUGUGUGCUAAACCACCUUAGCAAGCUGCUCUAAGCCUUGGGCACCUUGGUGAUCAAUUUGCUCCGCGAUUUAUUGGCCAUACUUAGCUGCUAUACAUCCGUCCUUCCUGAUGCAACAGGUCAUCCUACUAUAGCCCGCUGCAUCCAUGUGAAUAACGUUGAUCCGGUAAAUCGCUAUCUCCAUCUUCCCACUGAAGCGGGCCAGCCAUCUUAUUGACGUGACCGGCGCUUACCAUCACCAACUGCUUACACGCGGAUAACAGUGAUCUGGUGUGAUUAAAGGCACCCAAAGCUGUAUAUUAUCGACGCAACGACAUCCCAUUGCCACCAAUCGGAUCCACGCGGACAUUGGUGACAGUACAGCUGGUGAUCCAAUUCGGGCGCGGCGCCAGGCGUUCAUCAAUGUGUUUUUUUUGAGAUUUAAUAAAUUGGCGAUCGCCUUGAUAUCUUCGCAUUAUCUUCCAUCAAUGGCCUACCCACUGAAUUCAGAAGCUGAGAGUAGUACUAAUUCAAUCUCAGCAUCAUCUCCGUCAUCAUCGUCAUCGUCAUCCUCGGCCUUGUCGCAACAAACCUUGCUUAGUGAUGGGGUGAAGGAGCCCAAGCCACUUGACCCAGAAUCGAAAAAGAGCAAGAGAAUUCGGGACUGCAGUAGGCACCCAGUCUACCGGGGCGUCCGCAUGCGCAACUGGGGAAAGUGGGUGUCGGAGAUCCGUGAGCCCCGCAAGAAGUCGAGGAUCUGGCUUGGGACGUUCCUGACCCCUGAGAUGGCAGCUCGGGCUCACGACGCUGCUGCCCUGAGCAUCAAGGGGAAUUCUGCGAUACUCAAUUUCCCUGAGCUCGCAGAAUUCCUGCCACGGCCUGCAUCACUCUCACCCCGUGACGUGCAAGCUGCGGCCGCCAAGGCAGCAGUGAUGGAGAAGUUCUCGUCACAGCCAGCUGACUCAGCCCAGCCAGAUGAGCUGGGCGAGAUCGUGGAGCUCCCACGGCUCAGCCCAAGCUAUGAGUCGCCGGAGUCAUCGCCGAACGACUUUGUCUUCACGGACCCGCCCGACAAUUGGCUCUUUGGGCCGUCACUGUGGAUGGAUAGCAUGAGUGAUGACAGGUUCUUUUCUGAUCAGCCGUUGAUGCCGGAGUGUGAGGUUCCAACCAGCCUUAAUGCAUGUUUCUGGGAUUAUUAAUGGUGUUUUGGCCCUUUUAAUUUUUGAUUAGGGGCUAAGAGUCAUUGGUAAUUCUUUUUUGCUUUUUCUUUUUCUUUAUUUCUUUUCUUUUCUUUCUUUCCUGCUCUUUUUUUUUUUUUUUUGGUUUAGUGUUCUUUGGCUGGUGAUGUACCUCUUUAGGACUCAACUGUAUAGUGUCAAGAAAAGAAAGAGGGAAAGAUAAGUUCUUGUUUGUACUCUCUCUCUCUCUCUCUCUCUCUCUCUCUCUCAAAUUCAGUAAAUUCUCUUCAGAUGCUC